CAAAUUCAAAAUGCCUAACAAAAGAUGAGAUACGUAAUUUUUGUAGUUCUUUUGGGAAUAUUUCAGGUGUCUCUGGGGGAAUAUUCCGUGGAGGUUAACCUGGUCCGUUACUAUAGGGAGGAAGAGAGGUGCUGUGAUGGUGCCCUUAUCAUCUGUAACGAGUGUGAUGUGUAUAUGAAGGUGUGUCUGUCCCCGAGCGGAAUAUCCAGCCAGCCAUGCCAAGGAGGAAACAAAAACUACCGAGUGGACGAUACCCACGGGUUUUUGUUUAAGGAUCAAUCAAAUGUCAGGCAUCAUUCUGACUAUAAAUGGCAUAAUCUGAAGGAAAAUAAGGUAAAUAUUACGGUAGAAAUUGUUGUGUACGACUAUGAAGCAUUCCAUUCGGACACGACCCUCGGAAUCCUCCGACACAAUUACGUCGGUCCUAUGGUCCAGAACAAAUCCAUAACCACACUACCGGGACGAAAACAAAUCAAGGUAGAAUUUUUGCUGAGUAUUACGUGUAGUCCACAUUAUUAUGGACCAUCAUGCUCCAAGGUUUGUGUCACGCAGGGUAAUCUAACAUGUGAUACACAGGGUCAGCUGGUAUGCCAACCAAAUCACUGUGGUCCUGAUUGCUGUAAAGGCUGCGUAGCGCACAACAAUCACAUCUGUGACAAUAACGGCACACUUAGGUGUAGAGAAACUUUUUAUGGACCCAAUUGUAAAGCACGCUGUGUUCCCAAUGCUAAUCAGUUUUGCGAUGAUUUUGGAAAUCUUCACUGUAGACCGAAUUUCUAUGGUUCUCGUUGUUUAAUCAAAUGUGUAAGCACUGGUAAUCUGACGUGUGAUAAGACUGGGCAUCACAUCUGUAGGCCCAGUCACUGUGAGAGGGACUGUUGUGGUACGUGUAUUGCUACCGGAAAUCAGAUCUGUGAAUCAAAUGGAACAAUCGCAUGUAAACCUUCUUACUACGGUCAAAAUUGUUCGAUACAGUGUAUUCCCAGCGAGAAUCAGAUAUGUGAUCAUACAGGAAAUUUGCAAUGUAAGUAUAACCACUAUGGACUUAACUGCUCUACACUUUGUUUCCCACGUGACCACGUGAUUUGUGACGAGUUUGGAAAACAUAUUUGUUUGCCUAAUUACUGCGGCGAGGACUGUUGUGGAAAUUGUAUCGCUGUUGGUAACUUCGUGUGCGCAAAUGAAACAAAAGUAUGCAAAAAGAAUUUUUAUGGCAGCAAUUGUACUGUUAAAUGUGUCCCAAACCAAAACCAAAAUUGCAACGGCAAAGGCGUAUUAAAAUGUAAGCCUUCCUUUUAUGGUACAAAUUGUUCCAUCAACUGUUUUCCGAAAGGUAAUUUGGUCUGUGAUACAGAAGGUAAACAUGUGUGCAAGGCUAAUCACUGUGGUGAAGAUUGCUGUAGAAGUUGUAUUGCUAGUAGAAACCAGGUAUGUAAUGGUACCGGUUCUAUAGUAUGUAAACAAACCUAUUAUGGCGUAAAUUGUUCUAAACAAUGUAUUCCAUAUGGAAACAGAGUAUGUGAUUCUUUUGGAGAUUUGAAAUGUAAAGAGCAUUAUUACGGAUCAAACUGUUCCACGAAAUGUAUUCCAAUGGGGAACCUGAUAUGUAAUUCUGAUGGUAAACUUGUAUGUAGCCAGGACCACUGUGAUUUAGAUUGCUGUGGUCAGUGCAUUGCAUCCGGGAAUCAGAUUUGCGCACACAACGGAACUCUUAUCUGUAAGCAAAAUUAUUACGGGAAAGAUUGUAGAGUUAAUUGUGUUCCCAAUCCGAAUCAAGUCUGUGACAUCAAUGGUACAUUAAAAUGCAAGCCUUCGUUUUACAGUCCAAAUUGUUCUAUUAAUUGUGUUCCACAUGGAAAUUUGCUUUGUGACUCUCAUGGGCAACGCGUUUGUAAGACAAAUUACUGUGGAAUAGAUUGUUGUGGGCAUUGUAUCUCAAGUGGAAACCAAAUAUGUAACAAAUCGGGUUCCCUGGUGUGUAAACAGACGUUUUACGGUGUAAAUUGCUCUAAGCAGUGUAUACCAAGUGGAAAUAAAAUAUGUGAUUCCUCUGGAAACUUAAAAUGUAGCGAGAAUUUUUACGGAACGGACUGUUUAAUUAAGUGUACUCCAUUUGCAAACCUCUCAUGUGACACUGAUGGAACACUUGUUUGCAGGAAGAAUCACUGUGAUUCCGACUGCUGUGGUCAGUGUAUAGCGUCCGGGAAUCAAAUGUGUGCUGCAAAUGAAACUCUCAUCUGCAAACCAGGGUUUUAUGGAACUAACUGUACAAAACACUGUGUUCAAGGAAACACCACAACCUGUGAUUUGAAUGGCGAUAUAAUCUGCAAACCAAAUUAUUUUGGACCACAAUGCGCUGUAUUUUGCGUCCAAGACGGUAACAUUGAAUGUGAAAAUCACGGUGGACUGAUUUGUAAACCAAACUAUUGUGGAUCUGACUGCUGUGGGUUGUGUAUCGCCUCGGGUAACAGGAUGUGUUCCAAAAAUCAGACACUUAUUUGUAAAGAACAUUACUACGGCUCAAAUUGUACUAAAUUAUGCUUACCUAAAGGAAAGAAGAUUUGCAAUACAGAGGGUAAUCUCGUGUGUAAAACAGAUUUCUACGGAAUGAGUUGUGAAAAUCACUGUGUUUCGACUGGAAACUUGACUUGUGACUCAAAUGGGCAUCUGAAAUGCAAGGAAAACCAUUGUGGUCCUGACUGUUGCUCUGCCUGUAUCGCAGAUAAUCACAGUGAAUGUACAUCAAACGGUACAAAGGUUUGUAAGAAAAAUUAUUAUGGCACAGAUUGUUCCAUUUUCUGUAAGGCUGAAAAACACAAACGUUGUAACGUGAAGGGAAACUUAGUUUGUGCCGACCACUACUACGGCGACAAAUGUUCGAAAUAUUGCCUUGCCGAGGGGAAUCUCACGUGCUCCAAAGAAGGGGACUUAAUCUGUAAAAGCAAUCACUGUGGGACGGACUGUUGCUUAAACUGCAUCGCUAAAGGAAAUCAGGUGUGCACACUGAAUGGAUCAACAGUGUGUCUGCCGAACUAUUAUGGACAGCAGUGUUCCAGACGCUGUGAACCAAUGGGAAAUAAAAUUUGUGACGCGUUCGGACAUUUAGUUUGUGCCAAGAAUUUCUAUGGCAGAGACUGCAGCACUCACUGCGUGGCCUCAAGAAACCUGGCUUGUGACGUUAAUGGUAUUCUGCAGUGCAAUCCUAAUCAUUGUGGUGUAGAUUGUUGUAAGAACUGUAUAGCAACAAACACAACAAUGUGUGGCCCGGACGGACAUUUUCAGUGUAAAAAUAACUUUUAUGGGCCUAACUGCACGACGUUUUGCGCUCCAAUGAUUAAUUAUCAAUGUGGAGAAAAUGGGGAGAAAAUAUGCAGUAAAGGAUAUACAGGAACAGAUUGCAAGAAUGCAAUUACAACAACUACAACCGAAUCAACAACAAUGACAACAGACACAUUCACCACCUAUGGCAAAACCACACACCUGAAGACGAUGAAACUAGGCACCACGAUAAAAAAGGAAACAACUGUACCGCUCACAACUUCCAUGACUAACACCACAACAACAAUAAGUAGACCAUCGACCACGCCUUCUGCUACCACAUUAAAUUCCCUCACAUCUCCCCGGCAAAACACCUCAACAAAAACAUCAAAUCCAUCGACAACAGUGCUUACUUCAAAGAAGCCUAUCUUUUCAGCUCCCAGUAAAAAAGUUGUGGACAAUAAGAGCUGGGCUGACAGAUACAUGCCUAUCGUUGGCGGAUCCUUAGGAGCGGUGGCAGUGGCUAUUAUAAUUGUGGCGGUUGUUAUGCUAUAUAUUCAGAAACAAAGAAAACGCCCAGUAAUGGAGAAAACCAGAAUAUUUGGAGAAAAUAGCGUUGGAUAUCAGGAUAACCUUGACCUAAAUAUGAUUGACCAAGAAGAGGCUGCGACCUUUGACAACCCAACGUACGGCACGACAAAAUUAGUCAUUAAAACACAGGAAAACCUCCAAUCCAAUCCGCCAAUACAUACGACAGACGCUGCUAGCACUCAUAGCAUGGAAGUUUAAGGCACCGGAUGAUAAUUGUAGCUGUCUGUGAUA